GGCAGGACAGCAAUGCUGGCGAGCAGACGGGGAAUGCUAGAGAAGGGAGGACCCGGCGUCUUCAGCAGCAGUCUCCUGGAAUCAUGUGGAUGAGAAGGGACAGGCUUGUUGUGACUUUGAUUCUAGCUAUGGUUUUCAUUGCAGAUCUCAAAUUUAACAUCCUCCCCAAAGUGCAAGAGAAGUAUUUUAAAAACGACUGCACUUGUCAGGACUCCAUGAUCACUGGUGAGAGGAACAGCAGCAACAGGGAUUACUGGCAAAACUCAUCCACUUACACCAGCCUUCCCAUUGCGAGUGAAACUGGAACUCUGUUGCCUGCUCAAACACAAACUGGAGCUACUGGAUCACAACUUCAGAGGCUUUUUUCCCACCCUCUGUAUAAUAUACGGACUCCGGAUCUGAGACCUGAGGAGUAUUUGCUUCAAAGAGAGGAAACCCUGAACUAUUAUAUCAGGAAAGUCUCAAGAUGGAACAGACAUCAGAGAUACUACAACACAGCAGCUAAUAUUUCAGCUACAGGGCAAGUGGUCUCUUUCGAACCCGAGUCUAGCUGGGUAAAAUUCCACAUGGGUAUAAACCGUUACGCACUUUACUCCAGGGACGAUCCCAACAUCGAUCAGCUGCUGAAAGACAUGGGAAAAAUAGAUAUAAUAAAUGCAGAUUUCACUCCGGAUGAGAAAAUACUGAAAGGGGUAUGUGACUGCACUCAAGUUGUAAAGCCCAGCGGGCAUCACCUGAAGCUUUCUCUGAAGUUCCAGGAUUUUGGCAAGGCCAUGUUCAAACCCAUGAGACAGGAAAGAGAUGAAGAAACACCAGCAGACUUUUUCUAUUUCAUCGACUUCCAAAGACACAACGCUGAAAUAGCAGCUUUUCAUUUGGACAGAAUCCUAGACUUCCGCAGAGUGCCCCCUGUGGUUGGGAGGUUUAUUAAUGUUACCAAAGAAAUUCUCCACACCACAAGAAGUGAAGACUUGAAAAGUGUAUUCUUCACAUCCCCAGCGAACAAUGUCUGUUUCUUUGCAAAGUGUCUGUAUGUGUGCAAGACAGAGUAUGCCGUGUGUGGAAACCCAGAUAUGCUGGAGGGCUCCCUGUCCGCCUACUUGCCAGGGCUGACCCUCGCUCCCCGCGUCUCCAUCCCCAACCCCUGGAUCAGGUCGUACACCUUCGAAAACAAAGAGGAAUGGGAAGUGAACCCACACUACUGCGACACUGUCAAACAGUUCUACCCUUACAACUCUGGCAACAGACUGCUGAAUAUCAUUGACAUGGCCAUAUUCGACUUCUUAACAGGAAAUAUGGACCGACAUCAUUAUGAGAUCUUCACCAAGUUUGGGAGUGAUGGGUUUCUGCUUCAUUUUGAUAAUGCACGAGGGUUCGGGAGGCAUUCCCGAGACGAAAUCUCUAUCCUUGCUCCUCUGACUCAGUGCUGCAUAGUGAAGCGGUCGACGCUGCUGCGCUUGAAGCUGCUAUCCCAGGCAGAGUUCAGGCUGAGUGACGUGAUGCGGGAGUCCCUGCUCCGCGACAGCCUCCCCCACGUGCUAACAGAGCCGCACCUUCUCGCGCUUGACCGCCGGCUGCAGCGCAUCCUCAAGGCCGUGCAGAAGUGCAUCAAGAAGAACGGCGAGCCCCACGUGGUGGCUGAGGACAUCACUGUGACACAGCGACACGGACCCUUAACUGCGAGGUAGCACACCGAGGAGGUAGAAGAAACUUGAAGAUGGCAGGAGAAGAAAAGCACUGGAUAAUUUAUAGAAUCUGUAUUUUGACUUUUGGGCAAGGGUGCAGUUUAGUGGUUGCAAUCAGUUUUAUCCUUAUUACACUCCCCUGCAAAUAGGGCUACCGUAUAACUCCAUGUUCACUGGGACAGUUCAGGCUUUUCAAUUCUCAUUGCAAUACAUUCUAGUAUGCUUCACUUGUUUUCUUUUCUUUAAGAGAAGCAGCACUACACUUACCAGAAUGCAUUGGGGUGUGAGGUAAAAAGCCUGAACUGCCCCAGGGAAUAUGGAGUCAUAUCCUAACCCCACCUGCAAACCCAACCUUUUCAAGGGUUAUAAUUCUUGAACCCCAGUGCAUUCUAAAUUCAUAUUUAUUUAAAACAGGUUCUUGACCCCCCUACCUCCUUAAUACGUAACCAGAAAGCUCUGCUAAACAAAUGUUAUUUUACCAGAACAUUAUUUGCAUCUACUAAAUUGCACUGAAAAAAUGUUUCUUUUGAGUUGUCAUUCAUAAAAGAUACUGUCCCCAGCAAUCUUUUUUCUUUUUGAAAACUUGAAGUUUUGUGAGCCUUGUUUUGCCUUUUUUAUUUAAUAAAUGCAAUUCAACUUUACAGCUGUUCAAAUAAUAAAAAGGACGAAAAAAUGUGGCCGCUUUGAUAAAUGUUUAAACAAACUGCACUUGCUAGCUCUAUUUGUCAUAUUUUAGAAAUCAAUGUUGCCAAAGUUGUGCUAGUGUGCAGCCCUAAUACCACCUCUAGAUUGUGAAUACGUUAACUUAAAUUGAAUGUGUUGCAACCUUUGAAUGGGGCUGGAUUUUGUCUCUCUCCCAUAUACAAAGUAAACUUUUAAUGCAGGGUUGACUUGCCAUUAAGAUGCCUCUGAGGUAUAGAACCAAAAAUAACUAGGUCAGCCAUUUCAUUUAAAGACUUCUUACUGAGGAUAGAGCACUGGUGUUUACCAGUCACAGAACCCUCUGUUUAUAAUAAUGUCCUAUAAUUGACAGUAAAACAGAAACCCAUCCACAAAUACAAUUAGGCUGCUAGGAUAAUGUGUAACAUCAAGAUGUUGUAAGCGUGUAUACCAGAAUAAAAUGUGCUAUAUUUAUUGAUUCUUUAUUUCCCCCUUUCUCACAUUAAUAGGAUUACAAAAAAAAAAAAAAAUUAAACAUUAAGAUUGUCAACAAAAUAGAAAUGGAAAACCGAGGUCCAAUUAUUAAACUUAAGUCUUCUGUGCAAGUUUGGUACUGAACAUUUGAACUGCAGUGCCAUCUACUGGACUGAUAGUGCCAUCACUUAGCUUGCAGUUAAAACACAGCUGGCUUGCACCUUCCCCUCAAGACCAAGCACUCUGGAAUAUUCCUAAAUGGGUGGUAUUUUUGGUGGUGUUUUUGUUCCUCAUACUCUUUGUAGCACUCAAAGUGAUCACAAAUUAAACAUACUUUUCUCAAAAUAUGCAAAUUGCAUCCCCAAAUUAAAUCUAUGAAGCCAAAACACAAAUUCUCACCCUUAAGUUCUCUGAAGGAGUUUGAAGCAGUAUUAAUUUGAGGCUUGGUCUUGUAACUCCCUAGUGUUAGAGUACUACAAAAAAUGCUUCUAUUUU